UAUAAGGCGGGAAGUCAGGGUGAGGGACCGCUUUCGGGGCAGCCUGUCAGGGUCCCUGGCUGGGAGGGGGCCUUCGCUGGCCUUCAGGGCGGGAAUUUCGCCAGAGCCCCUGGUGGCCAGGCAGGGCUCCUCCAGGUGGGCACCCUUUGCCCCUCGAAGUUCCCACUUGCCACCUCCCCCAUAUAAGUCCUGGGCCUCACCUGGGCGGACAGGGGGACUGGGGGGGGGGUUGCUGUGGUGUGUGUGAUGGCAGGAGCCUCGGCCGGGGUCUGGGAUUGCCACGUGGCCCUGCUGCUGGUGACUGCUCUGGGGCUGGGGCAGCGGCUACACCCCAAGCCUGGUCUCUCCAGCCUGGGGUACAGCUAUGACUGUGGGGUCAAGGGCCUGCAGCUACGGGUGCUCCCCCAGUCAGGCCAGACGGUCCGCUUCAAGGUGGUAGAUGAAUUUGGGAACCAAUUUGAGGUGAACAACUGCUCUGCUUGCUACCACUGGGUCAGCACCAAGCCCCGGGCACCCGCUGUCUUCUCUGCAGGUUACAAAGGCUGCCACGUGCUGGAGAAGGACGGGCGCUCCCACCUGACGGUGUUCACUGAAGCCGUGCUGCCCGAUGGUCGAGUUGAUGCAACCCGAGAUGUCACUCUGAUUUGUCCUAAACCUGGCCACGGCUGGACUCCGGCCUCCCAUCCGGAACCACCCGUGGGCUUCUCCCUUCCCAGGCCUCAGGCCCAGCCCCUCCGCCCCAUCCCAGAGCACAGCUUUGUCCGUGCAACCCCUGCUUUGCCGUCCCUCGGACCUGGACCCGCCACCCAUCCCACCCAGGCUCAACCCCAGUGGGGCACCCUGGAACACGGGGUUGACAAGCCACCUUACCCAGGUGUGCGUCUGACUCCAGGGCGGUGCCAGGUGUCCUCCAGACCCAUCCCCUGUGGAGUGAGAAGUUCAGAGGAAGCCUGUCUGCGCGGCUGCUGCUAUGACAAAGGCAGAGAGGUUCCCUGUUACUAUGGCAACACAGCAACUGUCCAGUGCUUCAGAAAUGGCCACUUUGUCCUGGUGGUGUCCCGAGAAACAGCCUUGGCACAUGGGAUCACACUGGCCAACAUCCACAUGGCCUAUGCCCCCACCAGCUGCUCCCCGGCCCAGCAGACCGGGUCCUUCGUGGUCUUUCGCUUCCCUUCCUCCCACUGUGGGACCACGGUCCAGGUGGCUGGCAACCAGCUCAUCUAUGAGAAUCAGCUGGUGUCUGACAUCAAGGCCCAAACGGGGCCACAGGGCUCCAUCACGCGGGACGGCACCUUCAGGCUUCACGUGCGCUGCGUCUUUAACGCCAGUGACUUCCUGCCGCCCCGGGCGUCCAUCUUCCUGCCACCCUCGCCAGCCCCUGUGACCCAGUCCGGCCCCCUGCAGCUCCAGCUUCGGAUCGCCAAGGAUGAGAGUUUCCGCUCCCACUACGAGGAGGGGGACUACCCCCUCGUGAGGCUGCUGCGCCAGCCUGUCCCAGUGGAGGUCCGGCUCCUGCAGAGGACAGACCCCAGUCUGGUCCUGCUGCUGCACCAGUGCUGGGCGACUCCCGGUGCCAACCCCUUCCAGCAGCCUCAGUGGCUCCUCCUGUCUGAUGGGUGUCCUUUUGACUGUGACAGCUACAGGACCCAACUGGUAGCCUUGGACGAGGCAGAACUGUCCUUCCCAUCCCGCUACCAGCACUUCACCAUUGCCACCUUUGCCCUCCCGGACCCUGGCUCCCAGAGGCCCCUCCGGGGAUGGGUUUACUUCUGCAGCGUCUCUGCCUGCUCCCCUUCGGAGCUGGAGACGUGCCGCACUGUUUGCAGCUCUGGGCUUGCAAGACAGCGACGAUCCUACGCUCCCCACAGAAAAGCUGCCAGGCCCCAGAACCUCGUGAGCUCUCCAGGGCCAGUGGGCUUUGAGGAUUCUUCCAGGCAGGAGCCUCCGCCGGGGCCCACAGGCUUCCCCAGGAAUGCCAACCCGGGGCCUCUCCUCUGGGUGGUCCUUCUGCUGGUGGCUGUUGCCCUGGUCUUGGGGGUCGGUGUUUUCGUGCGCCUGAGCCGAGCCCAGCACAGGAGCUCCAGGAAGGCAAUGGAGGGUGAAGGGGCUCAAUAA